GGAUGCUAGUGCCCACUUCUCUUGCUGCUCGGCUGCUAAGCCUGUUCCAGCAGCAGCUGGGCUCCCUCUGGAGUGGCCUGGACAUUCUGCUCUGCUGGCUGAGAAUAGUCCUGGGGUGGCUAGGUUCUGGACGGGGACAGCCACAGCCACAGCCACAGGUCCCGACCGAGCCCAAGGAGACCCAGGAAGAACCGAACAGUUCUCGGCCCACAACCCCCGUGAGCGUCAACUAUCACUUCACCCGUCAGUGCAACUACAAAUGCGGCUUCUGCUUCCACACAGCCAAGACAUCCUUCGUGCUGCCCCUGGAGGAGGCCAAGCGAGGACUGCUUCUGCUCAAACGGGCUGGUAUGGAGAAGAUCAACUUUUCAGGAGGAGAACCCUUCCUGCAGGACAGGGGUGAAUACGUGGGCAAGCUUGUGAGGUUCUGCAAGGAGGAGCUGGCCCUGCCUUCUGUGAGCAUAGUGAGCAAUGGGAGCCUCAUCCGGGAGAGGUGGUUCAGGGACUACGGUGACUUCUUGGACAUCCUUGCUAUCUCCUGUGACAGCUUCAAUGAGGACGUUAAUGUUCUUAUUGGCCGAGGUCAAGGAAAAAAGAACCACGUGGAAAACCUUCAAAAGUUGAGAAAGUGGUGCAGAGAUUACAAGGUGGCUUUCAAGAUCAAUUCCGUCAUUAAUCGCUUCAACGUGGAUGAAGACAUGAAUGAACACAUCAAGGAUCUGAGUCCUGUCCGCUGGAAGGUCUUCCAGUGCCUCCUGAUUGAGGGUGAGAACUCUGGCGAAGACGCCCUGAGGGAAGCUGAAAGAUUUCUUAUAAGCAAUGAAGAAUUUGAAGCAUUCUUAGAGCGUCACAAAGAGGUGUCCUGUUUGGUGCCUGAAUCUAACCAGAAGAUGAAAGACUCCUACCUUAUUCUGGAUGAAUAUAUGCGCUUUCUGAACUGUACUGGUGGUCGGAAGGACCCUUCCAGGUCCAUCCUGGAUGUUGGGGUAGAAGAAGCGAUAAAAUUCAGUGGAUUUGAUGAAAAGAUGUUCCUGAAGCGUGGCGGGAAGUAUGUGUGGAGCAAAGCCGACCUGAAGCUGGACUGGUGAGGCUGAGGAGACUCUGCUGAGCCCUGGGGAGGUCCAUGUGCAGCUGUCUCCACCACCCUAGGCUCCUGGCCAUUCUCCAGGGAUGAAGACCCGACUAUCUGCUGCACAUCCUCUGGCUGUCGGUGGUUUAUUGUUACUGAGAAUGCAGUUUGUCUGUCUGUCUGUUUGUUUCAGUUUGACUGAACUAAGAAAGAGGUAAAACCAUGCAAUGACAAUCUAUAAAACAGAUAAUCUGCUUGUGUGCAGGGAGAGAGUUCAGUUCACAGAGGAGCAUGUUCCCAGAGACGUAUUUGACUUUUUAAGGAAUUUUACUGUGAAUCCCUUGUUUCCUUUUUCCUUUGUUCUCCCCACUUGAGAAAGUGAGUUAUUUUCUGCUAAAUAUGCCAGUUUUGUCACCAGGAAACAUCACAAAAUAUGUCCUCCAAUUGCUAUUCUAAUGCUGUUCUGCUUUGGAAUGUUGGACUUUUUACUCAGAAGUACAGGGAGAAUGAAGACACAUCCCAAAGAGCCAUCAAUGAGACUCUUCCUCAUUUGCCGAGAGCUCGUGGAAGGAAUCACUUCCGAGGAUGCUGUUUAUGGCUCUAGCACGUGAUGCUGCUGCUUGAAAGAUGACUGUUCCGCACGGUGCCAAUGUCUCCAGGAUUCUCUACAAAACCCAAGAGACACUUUGCCUCUUAUGAUGCGGCCAUGAGGAUGGCAUUUGUGCAACUGCACCCUCCUGGUGAUGAGGCUGCCUGAAUCCGUCACACUAAAACAGGAGUUUGAGUAGAGGAAGGUCAUCAUCUCACUCUGAAUGGCUGUGUUGGUGCAUUCCGCCAAAGUCAUGGGAGCAUGGGCAGAAGGACUCUGUCAGGAAUAUGGAGUGUGGCUGGCUUGGUAUAAAAGUACUUGUGGCUCCACAGAACAUUUCCCAAGAAACUCUGAAAUGAGACCCAAUCUAGGUCAGCAUGAGAGGAACCAGUUCCUUCUUUACACUGAAAAGCAGAAGAGACAAUGUGACUGAGUCAAAAUCCUCUUCCUGUGGAACCAUUGCAUGAAGUUUAUCAAACCUACACAGCGGCUCACUGCUUGAAAGAAAAUAAUUUCCUAUCAAAGAGCAAAAAUCAUUGAAAAGUUUGUUAUGCCCAAGAAAUUUAACUCGCCUGGAAUUCCACUGCUGCCACUAGAGGGCGCUGAGACGUCGGACUUCAUCUCAGAGUCUUACUUUUUUAGGACUUGGUGAAUUUUGGUUGUUUUUUCAUUGUUUGUUCUGUGUGUGUGUGUGUGUGUUUGGAUCAGUACUAAGAAUUUGAUAAGGAACUGGAUUUUUCUCACAAAAGAUGUUCAUACUUCAAUUAAGUCACUAUAAUUCAACUGAGACAUACUUUUGUCUCAUCAAAAAUAGGUCAGGUGUUCUGUAUUUUCUGUUUUGUUUGUUUGUGUGUGUGGUUGUUGACCUAUUUUAUUUUUGCUUGAAACUGUAUAUAACUAUGUAGCCCAGGCUGGACUGGAACUCAUGAUCUUCCUGCCCUAACUUCCCAAGAGAUAGGGAUUACAUUUGUAUAUCACGGUAGGGAUUACAUUUGUAUAUCACCUGACUUCUAUGUGGAUAUUUUAAAGAGAAAAUUGAGUCACAUUUUCCCCUGCAGAUUUUGAUAAUUUUUGGUUAAGUCCUGUGUACUCAGUUUACCUGGGAAAGCCCAGAGGACAUGAGCAGAUGCCUGCUUGGUCAUGUGACAGGGAAGCAACCUUGGAGCUGAGGCUCUAUCUUCUGAGUUGGAGUAUGCUUCCUUCUAGCUGAGGGGACCUGUAUGUCUCCUUCCCCUAAGAAAAACCAGCAUGAAAAGUGUACACUUGGGAAAUGAGCCAUUCUAAAUGCACUCCCAAGUGUUUCUCCGACUCCCAGCACCUUAUGUAUGCACAGGACGUAUGAGACCUCUAUGCUUAAAAUAUUCAAAAAUCCCUCUUUCUUAAAGGGAAGAAUGGUGAUAUUUUAUCAUCAUAGUAAAAAUCAAACUUGGAUUAGAUCAUGGGUUGGUUUGCUUUCUCAGUUUUAAAUCUGGGUGUUCAUUUUGUGAAACAUAUGCUCUUUAUUGGGAAAGUGAAGAGCUAUUUGGUUGACAUUUAUCUGCUAAGUGUUACAGACAGAUAGUUUGUGUAGGUGACUGCUGACUUAGGAUGGGCAUGCUGUGAAAGGGGACUCAUUAAGAACUUUGGAGGGCAGGACAUCCAAAAAGCCCCUAGUGUCUCUAUUAUAUAGUGUUAAAUAAUAAAAUCAUGGGCUGUUUUCUUGUAUGCUAGAUGCCGAAUGGUGUUACUUGACCAAAUUGUCUGAAAAAAAAAAAAAUGGUCUCAGGUUUGGUCUGCAUUGGGUUUGGGGGUCGAAUUGUUACAUAGAACAACAGCCAAACAAUCGAAACCAGCCACUGUUGGUUCCUUCCAGCAAUAAUUCAGCUCAUACCCUACCUCUUGAUGAACCAAUAUUGUUGAAUAAGCUCUUUUAAGACAAAGGACAAUAAUACGGGUGACCACACAUCAUCUGAGUGUGUUCAGGUAAGGUUUAGUGUUGGGAGAUAUAUGUAUAUGCAUUCCCCUGUAGAAUUACACUGUGUUUUGAAACAUUUGGUCUAAUGUAUGGUAAUGUGUAUUAAAAUGUUCUGUACAUGACCUAA